AUGCCAUUGGUGUUAUUCUCGGGAUACCCGUCUAGUGGUAAGACCACGGUGGCGAAGGAACUGAUCGCUUUGCUGGAGCAAAGGUUGCAGGACGACGAGUCGCUGGCUCGGAGAAAUUAUUCCAUCGUGUACCAUUCGGACCGCUCUCUGGGGAUUCAACACAGCGAUUAUGUGAGUUCGAGGGACGAGAGAAAGCUUCGAUCAGAGAUCAUUUCUGCAGUCAAGCGGGACCUGUCGGCACGCAGGAUUGUGAUUGUCGAUUCGCUGAACUAUAUCAAGGGAUUCCGUUACCAGCUCCAUUGUGAAGUGAAGAAUGUCGCGACGACCUUUUGUUUGAUCCACACGAUGUGUCCGCUGGACGCGCUGCACGCCUGGAACCGGAACGAGGACCACGAGGCUUGGGAUGAGCAAUUGCUCGAGCAGCUGAUCCAGAGGUACGAGGAGCCCAAUGCAAAGACCAGGUGGGACUCGCCUUUGUUCCCGCUCUUGACGACGCAGGACUCGAUCAAAGACCACUUCGAGGAGAUCUGCUCCGCGAUCUUCCGCACAAGCGCUAAGAACGGCGACCACAGAGAUCCGCUCUCCAAAGCGUUGCAGAAACCAAACAGUGCGACGAUCCUGAAACCAGCGUCCCAAUCUAACUUCAUACAGGUGUUGGACUCGGACACCUCUGCCGUGGUGAGGAAGAUCAUGGAUCACGUCAAGGUCCAGCAAUCGAUUGGCGGCUCUUCGUCCUCGACAAGAAUCAUCGUGUCGGAGGAGACUUCAGAUAUCAACGAUGACCGAUGUUGUUUCGUAGACCUGCCCUCAUCGGGCGUCACCUUGCCGCUCUUGCAGAGAUUAAAGAGGCAGUUUGUGAACUUGAACAAACUGAGAGACAUGGAGAGAUCGAGAAUUGUGCCGUUGUUUGCAGAAUAUUUGAAUAGGAACUUGAACAACGACUAA